UAUACAUUUCCAGUGCCAUCAAAAUAUUUGAAAAAGACUACAAAAAGUUGUAUUUGUGUUAGUACUCAAAAAGCUCUACUGAAACUAACUUUUCUCACGUAAACAAGUCAAGAUCCGUUGGGGAGAGAAUAUGGCUUCGGAUCAGGAAAGACGAGAACUGGACGAGAAGGCUAGACAAGGUGAGACUGUCGUCCCUGGUGGAACUGGUGGGAAAAGCCUCGAGGCUCAAGAGCACCUUGCUGAAGGCCGGAGCCGAGGAGGCCGAAAGAGGGCCGAGCAGCUAGGCCAUGAAGGGUACAAGGAGCUGGGCCACAAAGGAGGAGAGACCAGGAAGGAGCAGCUGGGCCAUGCGGCGUACCAGGAGUUGGGCCACAAAGGUGGUGAGACGAGGAAGGAGCAGCUGGGCUAUGAAGGGUACAAGGAGCUGGGCCACAAAGGAGGAGAGACCAGGAAGGAGCAGAUAGGCCAUGAGGGCUACAAGGAGAUGGGCCGCAAAGGUGGGCUCAGCACCACGGACAAGUCUGGAGGAGAGAGAGCUGCGGAGGAAGGGAUUGAGAUUGACGAGUCCAAGUUUCGCACCAAGAACAAGUAAUCAGUAUUCAGUCGCGUAGGAUCGAAAAUGCAAGUAGUAGUUUUUUUUAACUUUUUUUUUUUUUUUUUUAAAUUUUAUGUUGGUCGUUUAGGUAGAUGGUGGUGGUCGUAUUUGACUAGGCUUUUUGUGAUGUAGUCAACUCCUAGUAUAGUUUCGUUUUAGGAGGUCGUUUAAUCAGGUUGUCGAUGUUUGGACAAGUCUUGGUAAAGCGGUUAAAUCGUUGUUUGGGGUUUUCCUUUCAAAAAUAUCAGUGGUGUGUUUUUUUUUUUUUU